AUGGCUGGCGCCAAGCUGCUCCACAGCGAGCCUUAUCCUCCAAGCAACGCCGCCAUCGAUUCGGCUUCAGACGCUGACGUCGGUUCGCCUCCCUCAGAGACCCCCGCCGCCGUCAAUCCGUCCAAGCGCCACGGCAUGGUGUUUAGCCCCGAGACGAAGGCCCGGCUGAGCGAAUUGGUUGACGGAUACCAACCGACCGAGUCUGUCGAGCCCGAGUGCGACGCCGAGCCUGUCGCGCCCGAGUGCGACGCCGAGACACUCAAGUGGCAACAACGGGGCCUGGAUCCCAACUUCAGGGCUAACGUAGAACACAACGCAAGGUACUUGCGGCACUUCCAGGAGCUCGUUGGCCAACUGCAGCAGACUAUGGAGGCCCUCAAGCAAGAUUAUGAAAGCCUCAGGCAAGAUUAUGGGAAUCUCGAGUAUAUCUCCGCCGAGCACGUCCGAAACGCUGCGGCCCUGGAGCAAAACUACAGGAAGAUCAUGCUAGAACUGGCGAAUUCCCUGCUAGAAUGCGAUCGGCUGAGACGAGAGAACGAAGAGAUGAGGCGCGAGGCUGCGAGGCCGCCGCGCAACAGCCAUGCCUCAGACCUGGCUGAUGAAUCGACAAGAUUAAUACACACUGACGGGGCCAGCCCCCCUGGAACAGUUUCGAGCAGAGGAGCAGGGCUCCUCCCAACAAGGAGCAUUGGCCCCCCAAGCCACUCGGGAAGUGGGGAGGUAGGUGAUAGUAAGUACGGCUCCAGACGCCUCAGACGUGACGCGCGCGUCGUCGCGAGGGCGGGCUGA